AUGAGUGUCCCUCAACGCCUACAGCGCAUGAGACUUUGUUUGCAAGCCUACUCAUUGGACGUAAGGUACAGACCUGGCAAAGAACAGCUUCUGCCAGACGGCCUGUCAAGAUUUCCAACAACAGAAGUCAUGGACGAAACGGACGAGAUGCUUCAAGUAAACACCCUACAGGAACUUCCCAUUGCAGAAAGGAGACUGCAACUCAUAAGGGAAGCUACAAAAACAGAUGAACAGCUGCAGCUUCUUUCCAAGUACGCAGACUCUGGUUGGCCUGUACAUCGAGGGCAGGUUCCCAGCCUGGCAGUGGAAUUUUGGCCUCACAGAGAAGAUAUCCACAUGGAAGAUGGCAUUGUUCUGCGCUCGGACAGGGUCGUCAUUCCGUUUUCGAUGAGGAAGUCUGUUCUCAAGCACCUGCACGCCGCGCACGUCGGUAAGGAAAAGAUGAAAAGAAGAGCAAGAUGCACCGUGUUUUGGCCAAAGUUGAACGAUGCCAUCGACAAGGUCUGCGACAACUGCGCCGAGUGUCAAGCAAACAAGAAACCAAGUGAGAAUAAACGUAUAAAAUGA